UAUAAAAAAGUACAAAAUGUCCUGUAAAGUAAAAUCUGCUAAAAAAAGAAUAUCCAAUUUUUCAAAUCUUGAAAAAUUAAAACUUGUUGAAAUAAUAGAACGGGAAAAAAACAUUAUUAAAAAUAAAAAAACUGACAACAUAAGUAUUAAGGACAAAGAAAAUUGUUGGAUCGAUGUUACCCGUGAAUUUAACAGUAAUUGCAUCUCAGAACAUCGGGAUGUAAAUUCUUUGAAAAAUUGUUGGGAUAAUCUCAAGAAAAAGACUCGUAAACACUACGCAGAAAUUCGAAGUGAAAUUUUUAAAACAGGUGGUGGAAAAGCGAACAUCACUGCAGAUGAUCCUAUUGCAGAACGGGUUAAGACUAUUAUCCAGCCAUCAGUUGAAGGUUUACAAAAUAGGUUCGACAGCGAUUAUAUUCCAGGUAUAGAUAAUUCCCAAUGCAGUAACGAUGAGAUUAUACUCGAAAAUGAAGACUUUGGUCCAAUUGAAGUAUGUAAAUUCGAAUAUAACUUUCAUAUUUUAUAUUUUGACAUUUGAAAUGUUACUACUAAAAACAUUGUUUUAAAAUAUUUGUAUUUUGUAUUCUGUAUCAACCACCAAGAGUGAUCUACAACAAACUGAAAAAAAUAAAAUAUUAAUAACAAUGUGACUGUAUAAUUUUAUUUUACAGUUUUGAAAACACUACAAUAUUUUCUAUUUUUAAGUUUCCUAGCUACUAAUUUACUGUAUAUUUCUUUUACCUUUGAAAAUAAUUGUUGAUUAAUGCAUGCUGCAAAGCAUUAUUAUUUUGUGCAUCAUUUCUGCAAGGUAUAUUUCCGUUUUCUAAGAUAUGUUCCCAUGGAGCAGGCAAAUGAAAAUCAGGAUCAUCUGUUGGUAAUUGAUCUCCAGCACGCCGAGCAAUAUUAUGCAACACAGCAGUUGCAACAAUAACUGGUAAUACUUUUUCAACUUUUUGAAAACGAGAUCCAAGUGCUAAUAUAGGGAAUCUUCUUUUCCAUAUUCCAAAAAGACGCUCGACAAUAUUACGUGUUCGUAUGUGUGAUUCAUUAUAUAGCUGUUCUGCUUCAGUUCGUGGAUUUUGUAAAGGAGUCAUAAGAUACGAACGAACUGGAUAACCGCCAUCACCCAAAA